CUCUCGGGAAGAGGUCAGCGACGCCGGUGCUGACGGCACGCCUGGGCCAAUGGCGAUGAUUCGCUUCCAGUGGUGUGUGGGCAAGGACUACCAGGAGCACCUGGUGCAGCGGCUGCAGAGUACAGUGCAGCACGCCUACUGGGACGUCCUGAUGGAGUACCGCCUCCUCACCUGUCCUGUCUUCAUGAGGCCUACGACGAGGGAGAGCCCGCUUGCUUCAGUGAGCCUCCAACACCUGUGAAAGUGCGCAGGUCAGGUCGUGUCCUUGCAGAACAGGCACGUGACAAGCCCUCCCUGUUCAGCAUGUUUGCAUCCCGGGGCAAGGAGAUCCUCUUCUGUGCCCGACGUCUCUGAGAAAGUCAAAUCACCCAAAGAAAAUCCGACCGAGUUCAACUUCUCUGAUUCGCUGUUCGCCGAUGUUGCACCAUCUCUGCCGACUGGCAGUGCCAAGGGCACCGUGCGAUCCAUGGAGGCGGAGUCUGUUGCAUCUGAAACCUGGGCCUCAAGCAGCAGCAAGACACUCAACACCAUGUUUCAGCAUGGGGUCCAUGGGUUUCUGGAAGGCGGAGUCGAAAUCCGUGUGCCCAGCUUGGUCGUGCACCGCUGCACUGUCAAGGCCCGACGGGCCGUCCCGCUGAUCCUGAAGGAGUUCCAGAACGGCCUCAAGAACCUGGCACCCGAAAUUGCGCUCGUAAUGUUCACGGAGGAGAGCACGAGACGCCCCAGCCGGCCCACAGAAUUCGUCCACUUCAACCCGCUCGUUAAGCAUUCCAUGUUUCCAGAGAAGUACGUUGAAACUGCUGUUCCUGGCAGCCAGCGAUGCUUUAUUGUCGUCGGUCGGGACAUGGCCCAGUGGAAGGCAUUCAUGGGGAUCUCAAGCCUGUCAGCAUACAUCGAGAGCAACCGGGCAACUAAGGGCCACAAGUCCACUCAGCUUUUUGAGCCACACAUACUGCCAGUAACAACAUCUCUGGAAACGCCGGCCCUGUGCCGAACGCCAAGCACACCAUCGUCGGUGCCACCAACCAUCAUUGCACCUCCAACUACUCUUGCGCUGCCGGAGAAGGCCAAGAAUGCCACUGCGGGGGCCGACGCUGGGGAGGCUCGGCAGCCGGCGUUGAUACCACGGCAGCGGCUGCUUUUCUUGCGAGUCGAGGACAAGUCUUUAACCCUGUACCUGUACAACUGA